GUUAGUCCUGAGACAGUUGGGGUUUUGUCUGCUGUUGGAGUCUUUAUUAUCCUCCCUGCAGUCCUCUUCCACUUCGUCAACAAGAAUCUCUACUUUGAAAAGAGAGGUGAGCUUCCAUGCUGGAACAACAAGGGAGAAGAAAACACUACAAAGAGAAGUCCAGAGUUCAUGAGGGCUUUGGUCUGUUGACAGCUGUAACCAGCAUGUGUGUGCUUCAGAAAAGCUCCCUGAAUUACAAGUGACAUGCUGGCAAAGCUGAACUGAUCACCAGAUACUUGCAUAGUGUUAAACAUGGCUUCUGAGGCUGCUCAGAAUUUCCUUCAGCCACUGUCAUCUUGGAUGUCUCAUAUAUAUGAAGCUAUCCAACAAGCAGGAGACUCUAUAUCUGCUUCACUGCUGAAUUUGAGUGGAGUGGGUCGUAAAUCAGAAGAAGAGAGGAACAGGGACUUGGAGAAUAACGAAGUUUAUGAGGAUUAUUCUGAGGAAUUGGAUGAUGAACGACAGUUGGACCUCUGGGAUGAGGAAUACUUAUAUCCUAAAGAAGAUGGUCACAUUGGAGGUCCUGAUCUUGCUUCACAAGACUUUCCUCAUGGCUCUGGCAUGGGUCAGCAGAGGCAAAAAGAGGUUAAAAAUACCAGCAGCUUACCAGAGCAGUGUGUUGAAAGCACCAGGUCUUUGAUAGCCAGUGGAUCCUACUGGGCAAAUGAAGAUCUUCAGACACUUGAUCGGCUUCCUCCCAUUGUUGAGGAAGAAGGUGAGCCCUCCGUGAAGAUGGGAGGUCAUGAGCACAACCUCAGCUUGGGUAGCCCAUUAAAAAGUAAUAAUGGCAAGGCAAGUUUUGCAGAUUCAUUCUCUAACAUCAAGAGUGUGAACUCUUCUGAUGGUAACCUAGACAUGCAGAGAGACUGUAAUAUCCUGGCAACUUAAAAUUUCAGUCAUGGAUUAAAAAGAUCAAGAGAAGAUGUUUGAGAUCUGGAUGGACUAAGCCAACUGAGUUACCAAGACAACCUAUCUUAUUGCGAAGAUGACCAUUUAUCUGUUGAUUCAAGAACAACAACUGAGAGUAGGGGCAUGGGGCAGCGUAAAGAGCCUAGGAUGGAGUCCAGUAUUGCUGAUGGCAUUAGGCGGCAAGCCACGGCAGGACAUUUGGAAGUGGACACCAACCAGGGAUUUGAAGUAAAUGAUGCUACUGACAGCUCAUCUGCUUGGAGCCCCAAGGAACAUAAUGAAGUGAAUAGCGUACCAGCUCAUCAUAGUGCUCAUAAGCCCAUCUGUAAAUGUGGUGAUCUAGACAUCAUCUUCAACUACAAAGCCUCAAGUCAAAAGCUAGUAGUUACUGUCUUAGAAGCAAGGGAUAUCCCAGACAAAGACCGCAGUGGAGUGAACACCUGGCAAGUGCACACAGUGCUGAUGCCUAGCAAGAAACAGAGGGGUAAGACAAGUGUUCAGAGGGGACCAAUCCCCAUGUUCAAGGAUAAAAUUACCUUCAGUAAGCUGGAGCCGGAGGAGUUAAGCAGCCACGCCAUUCGCUUCCGCCUCUAUGCAGUGCACAAGAUGAUUGGAGAGAAGAUGAUGGGAGAGCAGUUGUUCUACCUGAGCAACAUCAGCCAGGAAGGGGAAGCAAAGGUGACAUUGGUCUUGGAGCCAAGGAGUAACUUGAGUAGUGCAGACUCUCAGCUUAGUCUGUCAGCAAUCUCUCACAGCGAUAGCGCUUCUUCAACACAGUCCCUGUCACAUGGAGGGGUGCCAGAGCUGCUCGUGGGAUUGUCAUACAAUGCCACUACGGGGCGGCUGUCAGUGGAGAUCAUCAAAGGCAGUCAUUUCCGAAACCUCGCAAUUAAUAGGCCACCUGAUACUUACGGAAAGCUCUGCCUGCGCAACUCUGUGGGUCAGGAGAUGUCUCACUGCAAAACCUCCAUCCGUCGAGGACAGCCCAACCCUGUCUACAAAGAAACUUUCAUCUUCCAGGUUGCUCUCUUCCAGCUCUCUGAUGUCACACUAAUGAUCUCCAUAUACAACAGACACAGCAUGAAGCGCAAAGAGAUGAUUGGAUGGAUUUCUAUGGGUCAGAACAGCAGCGGAGAGGAAGAGCAAAGUCAUUGGCAGGAAAUGAAGGAAUCAAAGGGGACACAGGUCUGCAGGUGGCACAUGCUGCUGGAGUCCUAGUGGUUACCAGGACAGCCUGUGGGUCCUAAUGCGAUGGGCUGUCUUUCCUUGUUCUCAAUCAGCAGCAAAAAGCUGUGCCAUGACAAGCACAGUUCUCUGAUGGGUCACAUGCACUUUAACCUGACUUUUCGGUGUCAGCAGUCACAGGUAUUAAAGAUGGCAAGGCCUGGGAAGCAAGCUUAGUUCUUGUCUUUCCAGGUUGUCCUGCAUAUUGUACAUCCAAAUAAUUAACCCUAGGGAGAAGCAGUGGGAAUACCUACAAAAUCCUUUCCUUGGUCAUUGUCUUGCUCAUUUUGUCAUAGGCUUGACCAUCACAGGACUAUUUUGAUGCUGUUUUCCUCUGGGGUAAACUCUCUCUCCCCUCCCUCCCUUAUUUAUAUUAGUGAAGUUUGCAGAUAUUCUUGACAUGCAGAUAGCUCACAGAAAGGCUAACCUGCAUGCAGAUCACAUUCUCUCCCUUUGUAUUAUUGUGUUUCUAAGUCCUACAAAUAAGCAUUUGAUACCACUGUAAACUGAAUGAUAUAUUUUUCAGGCAGCAUGGGAAAGCGCUCUUGAAUUCUCUGUCAACUUUUAAGUGCCUAGACAUUACUACUGUUUUCCUGUACUAAAAACUGAUAUUAGGACUAAGCACUAUCCGUAUUUUUACUUAAGCGUCCUGUGCACUUGUCAGCCUGCAUUGCCAUAGGUUUGCAUGAGAGAUAACUAACAUCAGUUUUAUAUUGCAGUUAUACAAUGCAUGUUUAGAUGUUUACUUGACGUUCCUGGCUUCUGUCAUCACAAAUACCAAAAAAGACUAGAGCAAGCUGCAUAUCCACCUUUGUGCCUGAAUCACUCUUUUCUGCAUCAUUGUUUUGCUCAUAUGUCACUUUGGUUUUUAAGCAAGGUUCAUUCAGAAAAGCAUUUCUGUGAGCAUUAUACAGGAAGGCUUUAGAUUGUGGUUUCUCUGUGACUCAGUUAUGCACAACUCAGUUUGCUGAGGGCUCUUUGAAUGUGCUGUCCUGUGAUAUCUUCUCAGGAUCUGAAAGGGGACUGGUUUUGACACAUGGAGCAGUGGAGAAUGCCAGACUAUGCCACCUCAUCUUUGGGGUGAGCUCUCCUGCAGGCAAGGAAUGGGAUCCAGGGGACCCCCCUUGAGGACCUGCUGGCUCUGCAGAAGUAACACCAGAGAAAACUAUUAUGUUUCCUACCUUUAACUGAAAACAAUGCAAGGAACAGGCUUGCUGAAGGAGGUGAUAGCACUUUUAUGUAGUUACGGUACAGACUAUAUUGUAAUUUUCUAUUUUAAUCUUAUUUCCUGUCUCUGUGAGUUGAAGUUAUGGAAAUGAUGGAUAGGGGACAUGUCUUAGUCUGCUACUCGACUAUUGAAAGUUCAGCAGUUGUUAGCUGUUGCAAUGCUGUAUGUGACACAGCAGAGGAUGUCCAUCCUCCACUGUGGUGAUGGCAUGUAGGCAGAAAGGUGCUGAGAUCUUCAAAUACUAUCAGCUGCCCAAUCUCCUAUUCUCUGCGCUCUCUAGGAAGGGACUGGCAUUUCUCUAUUCCUGCUGAUGAUAGCAAGACACAGGAAAUAUUUUGCUGAAAAGGUUUGUCUGUACUGAAUCACUUCAUGUUUUGUUUUUGUCAUUUACUGAGACCUGGCACCAGAUUCUGCCUCCUACUGCACCACAGUCUCUCCUUCCCUUCAAUGGUGCUGUGCAAAUCUAACUAAUGCAAAUUUUGGCACUGGCUGUUUGACCAAAAUUGACCCUUGGUGCAGGUUUACAUCAUAUCCAGGCUAGCCAGACCCUGCGGGUGGUGGUGUGAUACACACAGGUUAUCACUUGUCAUACACACAGGCUUUGUCUAUCCUCGUGAGGCAGACAGAAUAAUCUGCAUGGAGGAAGACAUCUGGUAUAGGUGAUACAAAUUAUUCUACAGGCCAUGGUUUUAUAUAUUCUUACCACUUACCUGUCUGAGCAUCAUUUUUCUGAUGGUGGGUAUCCUAUGUAAGAGGGUUGUCCUCACUGCCUAGAUAAGCUAAUGUAAUAUCUACUUUGCCCUACUGGGGCUUUGCAUCACAAAUAGCCCAAACACAGCUCAGCAAACAAAUACAUUUUUGACGGCACUGUUAACAUCGCUAUAUUACCAAUGCAAGAGAAAAUGAGCGUGUGAGCAGUAACCAGCAGAAUAUAAAUGUUUUUUUAUCAUGUACUUUUCUUCUGGAAAAAAGUAAAGGAAACAGCCCAAUUGAAAAGGUGCAUUUGCUGAUUUCAGUUGUUUUCCAGUCUCUGCAUCUUUUUUCCUGAGCUGCAUAAAAUGUAUAUACAAGUGUUUAUAAGUCAUUUUAUUAUCUGGGACAUGUAUGUAUAAUAAACUUAGUGAGGUUCUCUUCAUAACUUCUUGAACCUGCGAAGUAUGGCUUACGCGUCAUGAUUAGCUAAGGGAAAAGUAUAAGCUGAUAAUAUGUUUCAGCAGUGAACUGGAGAUAACCCAGAUUUAUAACAGUGUGAUUAAAAAGAGUGGAAAAGAUACUCUUAAAAAGUAGUGAAGUAAACUGGUUUUGGACUUCCAUGCCAUUUUCACAUCAAGAUCUUUUCUGAAGAUACAGCAUUAAGGGAAUUGAAUUUUAAUAUGUAAUUUCAGUGUGGAGUAUCAGGAGUCAGAGCAAAGCAAGCGCAAAUAGCUUAUUUAGAGUAAGUUAAUAUCUGAGCACAUGUUAAAACCUUGCUCUCCGGUGAAAGCAGGUUGCUGCAUCCUUGCAACAACAUUUUGGCCUGAUUUUUUACUAGAAAAGUUUAAAGGGAAGGGAAAAGGGAUAAGGCAAGGGGAGCAUUGGGGUUUUGGAUCUGCAGCUAAAAAUGUUAGUGCAUUUGUGGGGUUCAUUGUGUUUCUACUGAAAUAAUGGAAGAAUUUAGGAAUCUUGGGAUGAAUACAGUGCUGGGUGCUGGGGUUGCUUCUGCUUGCUACCUUGAUUUUUGUUGCUUUUGUCGCUUAUUUUUCUUUUCAGGAUUGACUGUCUGUGAAAUGAAGGCUUUGCAGCAGCUCCCCCAUAUUGCAUAUUCUUCCCAUUGGCAGAUUGAAUUGGUCAUUGCUAAUAUUGAUACAGGCUGGGCUUGUGUUCAUGGUAUUCUGUAAAUACAACUGCCCUUUCAGUCACUGCUUUAACCCCUUGUUUCCUUUAGAAGUGGUUGACAAGAUUGAAUUCGCAGAAAGAUUGCCAUUCCUUGAGAAUCUUGACUUGCACUUGGCUCACAGUUGGCAAUGAUCAGUAAACUUGAAGCCCUGUGCUCCACUGGCCUCCAUCCACGUGGAUGCUGAUGCUGGUGCCUGAUCUCUGCUUCUGUGGGGCUCCAGGUGGGGAGAAGAGAUGUGAGAGGGCCAUGGGGAGUUUAGCAAGCAGGAAAGAAACAGCUGACCUGGUUCUGAGAAUGCUUGGGCACUUGGAAGUCCAGAUGAUGGAGGUUUCCUAAUGCACUCAUGUUUUCUAAGAUAAUUCAUCCCCUUCUAACACCACUGUCUGGAAUUCCCUUACAGCUUAUUUGAAUUUUCUUCUCUUGAGAGAGAAAAAUAAAAUAAAAAUCACAGCCUGAAAACCCACAAAACCAUUGUGUGGGAAGGAACUAAAUGCACUGGCAUAAGCCCAGAAUAUUGUGGGCAAGUGCUCUGGAUACAUCUCUCUGUCUUGAACAGCAUCGUUCAGCUAGUUGCAGUCUGUUCCUUCCCUGGUCUCUCUCCAGCCAACACGUCCCUGUCCUGCCAGGCACUCUGCUCUUGUUUUAUUUUUUGUUUUUAAUGUGUAUCGACAACAGAACAGAAUGAUCUCACCAUGUUUAUAUUCCCUAUAAUAAUGGUGACUUUCAACUGAUGCCCACAGGAAUGAGUACCUCUUUUAGCCCACUGAGAUACAGCUACAGCUGACUGAAGUGCCCAUUUGUAAAGGCUUUAUCUGGAUGGUCUGCUACAUCAUUUGAUCUGUUUGGGUUUCCUUUUUACCAGUGUCUUUAGUUACCUGGACCCUGCUGUGGUCUGCUCUCUCCUGUCACUCUGGCUUGUCUGUGUUUCCCUUGAGGGGUAAAGUGGGUUGUGCAGCUCCUGGGGCACAUGAACAAUACUUGGGUAUAUAUUUAGCGGCUGCAGAUCCCGAUAAGUUAUUUGGUGCUUUACAUAAUCCACUGAUCUUCAGUCAUGAAUGUCUUUAGAUGUUCUUGGAUGCACAGAACCAAAGGCUGCCAGUUGCUAUUGAUCAUUUCUCCAGCAUAAAGCCUAAGGUGGCAGCUUGGCAGAGGAGCAGGCGUUUCCUCAUUUUCUCCUUCAGUUGAAGCUGUUGGUGACCUUGGAGCUAGUGUGCCUGCAGAGCUUUCCUUCCGCUCCUGUAUUUAUCAUCAUCUUUAAUCUGUGUGAUCACAGCACUUCAUCUCUCGGCCUCUCAGCUGCCUUCUGCCCUUCAGCACGAAAGGUGGACAGAAAGGCUGAGCAAAGAAUAUGGCCUUCCCUCUCACAUUAUCCCGAAGGCUCCAGGGGAGCUGACUCCUGGAGGGGUCAUCUUAAAGUUAUGAUGCUCAUGACCAAGAUCUUGCUAUUCUGCUUCCUAGUCCACUUGUGGAGUUUGAAGCUUGUUGGCUGGGCUGUGAUACUUUAAUAGUUACGAAGUGGUGACACCCAUUCACUGCAAUGUGGACUGAGUUAAUGACACAUGAAACAACCUGUUCUCUAUUUGCUUUCUUCUUUUUUUUUUUUUUUUUCAUAGGAUCGUGUUCUGUAAAAGGACAACAGAGCCUGGAAGAAUUAGUAUGCAGGAACAUCCACUUUCCAUUUAAACUGUACGAAGUGUGAUGUUUGCAACUGUGGUUGGAGGGGAAAAAAACAGCCAGGGUUUGUAGAAGAACUCACACUUUGAAUGAGGCAGUUUUUUCCCUUCAGCGUGCGCUCCCCCAGCAAAUACGUUCUCAUACCGCAGGCAGUGAUGCUGGCUCCCAGCUGAUGUGCUUCUGUGAGAAAAGCAGCUAGAAGCUGACAGAUCCUAAAGCUUGGAAAGACAUACAGGGUAACUCAGCAUAGCUGGUUUGGGUGUUUAUUCAGAAUCUGGUGCAGAUUUAACAAGCUGUCGGGCAAACAUGAAUGAAACCCCAAUGAAAACCCCAAGCAGUGGCCAAGAAGGUGGUGGGGAGGGAAGGCUCUCAGUGUGCUUGUGCUGCUGUAGAGCUGGGGGUUUGCUUGCUCUGUACUCCAGAAAGCAGCACAGCCGGGCUGCACUGGCAUGAAGCCUGAGCUAAAACCCAGCUUCUCUGCAUGAUUCCUUAGCUGAAGGCAUAGAGCAUUUCUUUUCUCCUUUUUUUCUCAGUGCUGAGCGAGCUCGUGUCUUCCUGCAGCCUACGCUGUAGGCCCUAAGAAAUGAAUGUGUAAAUAUUUUGUCUCUCACAGCAGCCCAAGGUCAUCUUUCUGGAACAGCAAACAGGCACAGAAUCCAAAGAAGAUCAGUCUGUCAUAUGAGUAAGGUUAGCAUCUGCACUUACAAAUGACAAAGGCUAUUAAUCCUCAUGCUGUAAUCCCCAAGCUGUUUGCCAGCUGGCAGCAGGAAGAUGUUCCUGCUCAACCCACACAGCUAUCCAUGUUUUUUCACCUUUAUAAAGCAGAUAUAGGUCAAUACUGUAGCCUGGAUAAAGAACUUGGUAGAUACCAUUCAUCUCUUCUAGUGUUACAAUCCUUCUCGGCUCCACACAAGCCAUCUGUACAAACGAGGAUGCAAAAGCAGAGUUGCUGGCUGGGCUCUCCCUGUGCUGCUCCCCCAAAAUAGAAGGCUGAGGGUAAGAUUCUUUUUCCCCCACUCUGCUCUUGAGUUUGCCAUGGGAGGAAGAAUUUUGAGAUCUCUCUGCAGAGCUCAACAGCCUAAGCAAAGCUCUGUCACUACACAGGUCUUUGUACACAGAGCAGGGAAAACCCAGUGCUUGUAGAAGGCAGAUAGAAGUCCAACAUCGAGACUUUGUUCAUCCCAAUUUGGGAACCUGCAUGGUAUUUGGGUGUUGCCCAUCACAGGAACAUAAAACCCAGAAUCCUGCGAGGUACCACUGAUGAAGCAGGACAAAGCCUGCUGCUUGGCAGUGAUGCAGGUAAGCUGUGGUAGUCCAUAAGAUCCUGCACAACAAUAAACUAUAUGAUCACCAUGUUACAACCAGUGAGCAUGAGGCAGCUGAGGUUGAAAAAAGUUGAGCAGGAGACCCAGGAGCCGGAUGAGAGUUAAGAAGCUCCAUUCAGACCUGUUAGUUGCUCUUCUAUCUAGAAAAUUAGAAAGCAAAUAGUUGGGUUUUACGUAACAGAAGUGGUUUAACAGAAAUCACAGCUCCUUGGGCAGCUGCAGGUGUGAGGAAGUGAGGACGUUAGCUCCUGGCUCAUGUGUUUCCUCCCAGCUGUUAAUGGGUGACCAUCAAAUAAGUACCAAAUAUUCUGGAGGUGUCUAUCCCCUGUAACAUCAUACUCAGCGUGGGCUGAUCUCGUUGAGUAACAAGACAAAAAGCUGAUCUUGGCCAUGGGGGAAGAAAGAGGACUCAGGAUUCAGACAAAAGCUAAAUUCUCUCCUGAGUCCCACAACCAUUAAUUAGCCUUGACCUCCAAGGAAGACACUUCAUUGUGCCAAGUACUUCCCUCUCCUUUCAUUUCUCAGACUUAGGAUAACAUUGCAAAUUUCUUUCUUCAUUAGCAGCUGGAAAAAUCAUAUAAUUUUGCUAACUUUCCUUAUCCCUGUUGUGUCUUGUUAACACUUUCUAGGUGCUUUUACUUCACACUGUCUCCAUCAUUGCAUCUCCAAUACUCUCAUUAAGAUCUGUAGAGAUCUGCCUGGUAGCAAUAUUUUAUCUUCAUGGUACUCAGGAUAAAACCUAUCUUUCAAUCUGUUGCUGUCACUACGUGGCACCUCAAGCACAAGUUUUCCAAUUAAGCUGGUACCACAUCUCUCCUAUAGUCCUCUGCUGGCAUUGCCAUGGUUUUUGUCUUGCUGGGCUCUAUUCUCAGCUGUGACUUCAUUGACUUUUUCCCAGAAGAGUUUUGUUUGUCAAGAAGAGUAAAUGAAGUAAUCAUUUGGUAGACUCAACAUUUAAAUACUCUGUGGCAUUUAUAUGUGUGUAUAUAUAAAAAUGUUUUUUAUGGUAGAGUGCCCCAAGGCAUUUGCAUGAAGCACAUCUCAAUGUAUAUUUGACUGUUGAUUUAAAUAUAUUGUAUGCAAUAAGUUAUUUUUAGUGUUUAUUGGUUUCUUUCUGUAUUGGAACCAUAUACCAUUUCUGGCAGGUACAGGUUUCUGUUGUCUCACUGCUGCAGUCACAGCUGGACACUGGUGAUGCAGUGCUGAGGUGUGUGUGCAUCUCUUUCCUCCACGCGCCCUGUGAUGUGAUAGUUUUUCCCCUCCACCAGCUUUGAGGGUGGGCAGCUGUUGCUGCUGGGCUGUGUUGCCACAGGACAGCAUUGUAAACCCACUUACUGCAUCUCCUUCCUGGCGUUCUGUAGAAUAUUUGCCUGUAAGGUUUUUCCUUUCAUUGCUGUCAUAUUCUCAGCACAGACCAUGGGCAGGUAGGAAGUUGGUUGGUAUUCAGAGUAAUUCAGCCCUGUGGCUGAGGGUGCAUCUAGAGUAAGAGAGAUCUCAGCGCUCCUUUCCCAGCCUGAAAGGUACAAGCACAAAAUUUGUAAAAUUGAUCAUUUUAAAUAAUAACAGUGCAGGCAAAUCAAUAAAAAAGCAGGUCUCUAACUUCUGUCAGUUCAAAAGUAAGACUUCCAGAGCUUGAAUUUAUUGCUGAAUUAUUUUUAUGAUAAAUACAUCUAUAAAAGGAGAAUUUUUCAUGCUAAGAAGGUUAUAAGAAACAAAUUCAUAUACCCUUUUCACUUUUGUAAAGUUCAAAGAUUUGCACUGAAAAUUUUAUCUUCAAUGUAGUUAAUAAAUGGCUGGUAUUGACUGGUGAGGCCACCAGAAUGACACAAGCAUCAUUUCACUUGCUCUGUGUGUGAUGGAAAGAGAUAGCUGAAGUGCAAAACUGUGAUAAAAAGAUGAAAAAAAUGGUGAAAAGAUGUUUGGAUAUUCAACAGGAAGAGUGGUACGGGUUUAUUCUUAGCUUUUUAUGUACUUGACAAUGAAACGUUUUUUUUCUACUUAAGUGCUAACGUGCAUGAUCAUACAAUGUAUUGCCUCUUGCUAAUUAUAUGCUAUGUUAGGAAUACUAAUGGCUAGAUGGUAUCUGACUGGAAAAAAAAAAAAGCAUUAAAUCCAGCUUCUGCAGAAUUCUGGGAUUAAAUUAUCCACACACACAUACAACCAUCCACAUUUUAGAAACAGUCUUAUUUUGUUAUGGCGAGCGCUGUUGUUACAGGUUUUUAUGAAUAAAAUAGAAGCAGAUGGCUCAUGUAGACAUGCAAAA